AUGGAUAGUCUUCAUCCAGAAUCAGCUUCGGCAAUGACUGCACACCGCCGUGAGGCGGUCCGUCUUGCCCAGGAACAACAGCGAGCAGUUGUGGAGAAGUGCAAGAGAUCCAAGCAGCUUGAGCCUGACUAUGCUUUUGAUGAGUUGAUUGGUAAAGGUAGCUUUGGUAGAGUGUACAAAGGACGCCAACUUUCCACAUUAAAGGUCGUUGCCAUCAAAGUCCUCGAUAUCGAUGAAGCCGACUUUCAUGCCUUUGGCGACCACAAAGAUGAACAAAUUCGGGACUUUAACCGGGAAAUACGUAUUCUGCGACAAGCUCAAGAGAGUGGAGCGGAAAAUCUCAACCAGAUGAUCGAAGCUUUGCCCGUGCAUAGCCAGCUAUGGUUGGUGUGUGAAUAUUGCCCUGGCGGUAGUGUCAAGACCCUGAUGCGCGCUACCAACGACAGACUUUCUGAAAAGUACAUUAUCAUCGUCGCGAGAGAGUUGGCGAAGGCUCUAAAAGGUCUCCAUGAAGCAGGCAUCAUGCACAGAGAUGUGAAAGCUGCCAACGUCCUCAUUCACCAAGAAGGUCGCCUUGAACUGUGUGACUUUGGGGUUGCCACAAUUCUCGACACCCAAACAGACAAGCGGAAGACAUUCAUAGGAACUUUGCACUGGAUGCCGCCGGAGUUGUGGACAGAAAAUCCGGAGUACUCAGACGAGGUAGAUGUAUGGGAAUACGGCUGCACAAUCUAUGAAUGUGCUAUGGGACGGCCGCCAAAUAGCGACCUCCGCGAACGCCAACAACUCAAGAUGAGGAUGAGACGAUUGAAGCAGGCUAUUUCUCUCCCGGAGAACGAGGACUUCAGCGAUGGUCUACGUUCUCUUGUCUCCUAUGCACUUACUCCUGAUGCCGCCACGCGACCAUCGAUGAAGGAUGUUCUACAACACAAUCUCCUCAGAGACACCGAAGCGACUCAUCCGACAAGUAUGCUCACCGAGCUCGUUCAAACAUACUACGCAUGGCUGUUCGGUGGCGGCCAAAGAAUCUCUCUGUUCAUGCCCGGUGGCGCAGCGGCUGCUUCUGCCCAAGGUCCUGAUGCCGACAUUGACCCUGACGACGAAUGGAACUUUAGUAUGACUCAAGAUUUCGAAAAACGCGUCUCUGCAAUCUUAGAGAUACCUGACUUUUCGAACUUGUCUCCCGACGACACCAUGUCAGGAGAACAAACACCCAAGGGGUUAACCAGACCUGGUGGUCUCUCAUCCCCAAAAGAAAUGACAGCAGUUCAAAAGGCCAAUUUUGAAGCUCGAGUCAAGCGGGGAGCAGACCUCUCGAACAUUUUUGACCAGAACAAGCCUGCUUACGAAUACAAGACCAAAACCGAUUUCAUUCCGAUUCCCGAGCAACGUCGCAUAUCUGACUUACCAUUUCGAGCCAUGCAAGAGGACCGGCCCAGCUCUAUCGCAUCCAAUGUCAUUGACCUAGGAGAUUUUGACGAAGCCGACUAUGCUGUCGCAGCUGCACCGAGAACAGAUGACAAAAUUCAGACUGCUUACGCCGCCACGCCCAUGAGGGAAGAGACCAUCAGACUCGCAGAUGCGUCUACACUCCGUGAGAAGCGUGCUAAUUCCAAAGGUCCGCGGGAUCCCAAUAACCAAUCUCUAACCGCCAGAAGAGCCUCGUCUGCUGAGGGUGCCGCACCUCCAAGCACGUCGGCGCAUGACUUUGCAAUGUCUCAAGAGGACUGGACUGUUAAGAACAGAAACAAAGCCCCUGAGCUGCAAGAGCCCGCUGAGAUCACAUCUUCUCGACCUGGCCACGCGACAAUGGACUGGUCAUUCGAAAACGCCAUGUCCGAAGCCGCAGUCACAAUCCCACAAAUCAACGUACCGUCAGAAGAGGAGCCAACUGGUAUUGAUCUCCCAGGCCCAUCGGAAGAAGCGACCGAGGCAGAAGGCAACUUCAAUCAAAAAACCAAGAAGCACAAUACGAUGGAUUGGUCGUUCUCUUCGGCCAUGGCUGAAGCAAAAGCUGCCGAAGACUCCGAAGAGCAAGAAGCUGCGGAAUCGCCUCCUCCACCCACCACUAUCACAUACCAGAAGCCUGCCGCGUCGAGACCGACGCCAACUCGCCCGGCCCCAUUAAUGCGCCAAAUGACCAUGCCAGUGACGAUCGGCGACUUUGUACAAGCUGAAGAACAGGAGAUCCCUCGACCGUCGACCGCCCUGUCUGAAGCGUACAGUGACGUUUCGGCCUCGUCUACGGACGUGGAUCCAUUCGGCCUUGAACGCGACGACGAUGACGCUGGCGAUCAUCCGGGCCCUGCCACAAUGGACGAAGACGUUAAUAUGGGUGGAUUCUACUCGGGAAGAGGGAGGACAAUGCUUGCCGGGUAUUCCUCGGCAACAACCACGCCGUUGACGGCUUCUGGCCCCCAUCCGGCCCCUUAUGCUUUGGGUCGGCCGGUCCGCAUUGGCGAAGACGGCUUUCCCGGCCCUACUCACUCUCAUCCGGCAACGGCCAACAUCCACCGGGCCUCGAACUCUUCCGUCACGUCGAAUGCAACGGCGAUUCCUGCUGGUGGUGCCCACGGCCCCCUCGUCGCCUUCGUGCCACCUGCAUCUCCUCCCAGUACGGCCGCAAUGUCCGCCAACGCCUCGAAUGACGAGGUUGAGGCGGAGUUGAUGCGCCUGUUGGAAGGGAUGCAGGGGACGUUGAAUGCGGCGAGGGAGGUCGUGGGAGGACUUGAGAGGAGGAGAGAGAGGGGAGAGGAGGAGGAAUGGGUGUCUGAGGAGGAGUAG